AAAAUAGAAAAGUUAUUUUCCCCGGUUUCAUCCCACUCAUACCUAACCCACCCACUCCACCACUCACCUAUCCCUUACCCUGCACUUACCCACGCACCUACCCACCCACGACGCACACACUCGUAAAGAGCUCUGCUAUUUUCCGAAAGUUAUUUUUUUAACUAUUUUGAAGUUUACAGGCGUUCUCCAUCAAAAUUAUGUUUCUGACAAGUGGUUAUAGACCUUUAAUCUGGAAAUUUUGUUGAAACAAUUUCAAGUUCAGAACUAGUCACCGGGAAUUCUCUUGGAGAUAGACAGAUAGUUAUUGUAAGUGAAAUUUUUAUCCUGAACCAGUAAUGAAGGACGGGGAAGCAUUCUUUGCUGUUCGGAAAGGUGACCUCAUUGGUGUUUACAAGAACUUAACCGAUUGUCAGGCUCAAGUUGGAUCCUCGAUUUGUGAUCCUCCUGUCAGCGUGUAUAAAGGUUGCUCCAUCCCAAAAAAUACAGAGAAAUAUCUUCUUUCAUGUGGGCUUAAAAAUGCUCUUUAUUCAAUCAGAGCUUCUGAUCUAACCGAAGAACUUUUUGGCACUCUUGCGCCAUGCUCUGUUCAGCAACUUGCUGCUUCUAGAGGUGAAACAUCUAGUGAGCCUAUAACAAAAAAGAGGUCACAGGAAGUUAUGUGGUCAGAUUAUGGGCAGCACUCUUGUACUCUUGAGUUUGAUGGUGCUUCGAAAGGAAAUCCUGGACAAUCUGGAGCUGGAGCUGUACUACGAUCUGAUGAUGGACUUUGGAUUUGUAGGUUACGUGAAGGUUUAGGCGUAGCAACCACUAGUGUUGCGGAAUAUCGAGGUAUCAUUUUAGGGUUGAAAUAUGCGCUUGGAAAAGGGUUUACAAAUAUUCGAGUUCGAGGCGACUCCAAACUUGUUUGCAUGCAGAUUCAGGGUCUGUGGAAGGUAAAAAAUCAAAACAUUUCCAACUUGUUCAAUGAGGCAACUAAACUCAAGGAUAGGUUUCUUUCUUUCCAGAUUGUUCAUGUCCUUAGGGACUUGAACUCGGAGGCUGAUGCUCAGGCGAACUUGGCUGUUGAUCUUGCUGAAGGCCAAGUUGAGGAGGAGACUGACGAAUAGUUUCAGAGAGUACGCAGAUGACUAUCAAAACUGAUUCAAGUAAAUAUCUUGGAAUGCAAUCAAGAAUCUUUACGAGGAGGUUUUCUAUUUUUUUCUUGUGAAAUUCGUCUUUUGCAUUUGAUGUGGUUGCUGAUAUUAGUAGCAUAAUUUGCAGUUUUAAUUGAUACAGUUGCAGUUUUAAAAUGUAAUUUUGUCUAUUUGCUUUUGAUUUUAAUCUAUGGGAACAAGAUUGUGUAAUGUUAUUAAAUUAUUUAUUUAAGACUUUCACGGAUCA